AUGUCGAAAGUGAAUAUCGGAGCUUUGAACGUCGAGAGUGAAUUUUCAAUUGAUUCAUUUUGCUGGUCUGUUGUGAUAUUCAAGGGCAUAACACCUAUAGAUAAAUCUGGAACAGAAGAGGAGACAACUGCCAAUGAAUCUGACGACAGGGAGAAGGCGAGUGGUGGAGAGGUACCCAGUCCCUCUGCUGUCCACACUCCUGGUUUUGACCUUAAUCUAGACUUUGUUAAAUACACGUGUAACACCAGAAAGACAGCCAUGAAAGAGGGAGACAUCAUCACCAUCUCAUCUGUUACACAGUCAAGGGUCCAGAUUGAGGGCUUUACAAGUGGAAGAAACAUGUUAGGUUGUGAAUUUGUCAAAGCUGUGUCAGGAUUUAAUUGCCGCCUUUGCAAAGCAUUCAUCCGCUGUGGAAACGAUGUGAUUACUCAUAUUAAAGGCAAAAAGCAUCAAAAGAACUAUCAGACGUAUGUCCAGGAGCACCCUCAAUAUGAAGAACAUCAGCUGGCACGGAAUAAGGAGUUAGAGCAGGUGUUGGAACCUAAGGAGGGAGAAGAAGUAGUCUUAUAUGAAGUACUUGAUAAGGAUAUUAAAUCAAGUUCCUCAAAGCAGAAAAGCCAACGCAAGGAUUCACAGAAUGAACAACAGUCAGAGGUACCGAUAACAAAAUUUGUGGUUGCCCCUGAGGGUGAUGAUGAAGAUGCUCAAUUACAGAUCAAUUGUGACGCAGCGGAUGUAGAUUUAGACGUAGGAGACCUGGAUAACAUUAAUGAAGAUUCGCUUUUGGCAGACCAAAGUGGAGAUGAACAGGAAGAAAGUUCUUUAGAAGAAAAGUUUCCUUUAUUCGUCCAGGUAGAACAGUUUGGAGAUGAAGAAAUGCAGGAAAGUGAACCGUCAGGAACAACACCACAACUUGAUGUGAGUGCAUUCGCCAGCACUACUUGAUAACGAAUGUCACGU